UUUGAAGUAUAUAAGACAUGUCAGUGGCACCAUAUGCAAUAGAGAACUCAGCAAUCACCUUGGAGCAUCUCAAACCACAACUUGAAGCAACAAAGAUGACCGGAGCUGCUGUGCCCGUCUGCUUUCUUUUUCUUCUGUCUGUAUGCUCAGCCUGUUACAUCUCCAACUGUCCUAUUGGUGGGAAGAGGUCCAUCAUAGAUGCACCACUGCGGAAGUGCAUGUCCUGUGGCCCUGGAGACAGGGGCCGCUGCUUCGGCCCAGGUAUCUGCUGUGGGGAGGGUCUCGGCUGCCUGCUGGGCUCCCCAGAAACAGCUCACUGUGUGGAGGAGAACUACCUGCUGACUCCCUGCCAGGCAGGAGGACGACCCUGCGGAUCUGAGGGAGGACGCUGCGCUGCUUCAGGACUCUGCUGUGAUGCAGAGAGCUGCACCACUGACCAGUCCUGCCUCAUGGAGGAGGAAGGAGACGACCAAAGCAGCCAAUUCGAAGGCAGUGACCCCGGUGACAUCAUCCUCAGGUUCCUGCAUCUGGCUGGCCACACUUCUCCUCACCGAAUCCACCAAUGAGAUGCUCCUGACGCCAGCGUCUCACUGGGAAGUCUCCAGCUGCAGGGACAAAACGGGACUCGUAGAUCAUUUAGUUGUAUUUCUCUGUUUGUCAUCAUUCUGAUUUUGCUCUUUCCCUCGCGGAGUACGUCUGUAGAGUGCCUUUGUCAAUAUAUUUUUAUGUAUGAAAACAGGGAUGAAUACUGACAGUGAUCAUCCAGAUAUGUGCAUUGCUGAAAUAAAGUUUUGAGAGAGUAUAAA